GGUCAAGUGUGUGAGUGUAUAUUGAGAAGGUUAGUACAGUAUGUUUAUUGUCUAGGGCGAGAUUUGGGACGCAGCCCGGUCGCGUGUCCUCGUGCUGCCUGGGCUCGCGCCCUUGACGGCAGCAGGUGGCGCACGCGAGCACCUUUUAAAAAGCCCAGAGAGUCCGGCGGCGGCGCGUGACACCGGUGCUGUGUUGUCCAGCGGCGGCUCGGGUUCGCCUCGGCGACGGAAAGCGCGAGCUCAAACCGACGCCUUCUUGUUUAACGAGUUCUGGCGCUCGUGAGUGAGGAGUUUUUGCGCGCGAGCGAGGCGCGUGCGCGCUGAGAGAGUGAGUUUUGCUGCUGUCCGCAAGGUUACUGAAGUGCAGCCAAAGAAAGAAAGAAAGCAGGCAGGAGUGCGCCGGGAGGGGAAACCGGACAGAAAACUCCGUUCAGGAUGGUCAGUCUCCAUCUGUCCCGUGUUUGCGGUCGAGGUUUAACGGUUUUAGUUUAAAGUCUCGUUUGGAGCUGGCGCGAGCAGGCUUUCCCUUCGUCUCGCGGUAAUUCCGGCUGCUAAUUGGGACGCGUCCGGAUUCGACUCCCGGGAUUCAGGAGUCUCUGCGGUUUCUGCAGUUCCCUCCGUGAGAAGGGAGCAAUGAGAGACUGUUAGUUCCUGUCUUUUUUACAUUAACAACGAAAUGGGAAAAAGGUCCUCAUCUGUCCAGUAAGGAUGUUUCCGUCCCACAGAGAAAGGGAGCAGCCCAUUUUCAGUACCCGAGCGCACGUGUUCCAGAUCGAUCCAGCUACUAAACGUAACUGGAUCCCAGCCAGCAAGCAUGCGGUCACCGUCUCUUUCUUCUACGAUGCCAACCGGCAUGCCUACCGCAUCAUCAGCGUGGGAGGCACCAAGGCUAUCAUCAACAGCACCAUCACGCCCAACAUGACGUUCACGAAGACAUCCCAGAAGUUUGGCCAGUGGGCAGACAGCAGGGCUAACACAGUCUACGGCCUGGGCUUCGCCACUGAGCAGCAGCUUAACCAGUUUUCUGAGCGCUUUAAGGAGGUCAAGGAAGCAGCUCGGCUGGCUAGAGAGAAAUCGCAAGACAAGAUGGAGCUGGCUAACGCUGCCCUGAACAUUGCAGCCCCACAGGAUCUCUCGGACGAAUUGCAGUCACCACCGGUGAUGUGUGUGAAUGGGCCGGAGGAUAAACUCUUCCGGAGCCAGAGCGCAGACAUCACACUCUCAUCAGAGAAAGAGCGUAUCAAAAAGAUGCUCUCUGAAGGCUCCAUCUGCGAAAUGAACCUGGAGGCCGAGCUCUUCACCCUGCAGGACAGCAACGCAAAACUGGUGGCAGCGCUGCAUGAAGCUAAUGCCAAUGUGGAGCAGUGGAAGAAGCAGCUGGUGGCUUAUCAGGAGGAGACGGAGAGGCUGCGAGAACAGGUGUCAGAUUUGGAGAGCCAUGGAGGCCAGGGGCCCAGCGACAUGCUGAAGGAUGAGCUCACACAGUCCCUGGAGGAACUGGAGGCUUUACUCAAGGCAAAAGAUGAGGAAAUUCGUAUUCUUCAAGCGAAGAAGUCUGAUUUCCAUGAGAUGGAGCAGGAGAGAGAGGAAGCCAUUCACAGAUUACAGGAGCUGGAGAUGCGCAACCUGGAUCUGGAGCGACGGGUGCAGAGUGCUGAGCAGAGUCUGGCUUCCACGCUGGAGGAUCGAGACCGCACCGAGAACGAGGUCCAGAGGGUCAUCCAGAUCCUCGACAUCAAGCUCUUUGACCUCAAUGACUUGCGACAGAGCCUCGUCAAAUUGCUCGAGAAGUAGAGCAGUCUUCUGACUGAUAGAGCUGGAGCUAAGGUGAAGGUGUGAGCGAGAGCAAGCCAGUCUCUGUGCCCGGCUCGGAGAAACAGAAUGGCUGCCGCUUGAGAGGCGCCACAUGUCAGCACAUAGUGUAGCUAUGCUUUCAAAUAGAGAAUAUCAGAGGCUAGUGACUACACAUACACAAUGAUUUCUUCUGUAGUUGUUUAUGGGUUUUUUUUUUCAGUUAAGUUUAGCAAUAAAUAUCAGUUUGUCGGUAUUCAGUUGAUGAUUUGGAGGUAAAGUAUAUUUUUGAUACGUCAGGUGACGCACAGCAGAACGUUUCCUUUCAGUAGUGGGAAACUCAGUCGGAAUAGAAAGAAUAUAUAAAACGUUGCAUUAUACUAUGUCCUAGUUGAAAACAUUAUAAUAAUCAGUACUAUGGCACAGAAAAGAAAAAGCAACAGUUGGAGUUUAUGGUGAGCAUGAGUUAUACCAUCUGAAUUUUGAAACUUGAUAUGAACUCAAUUUUAAGAUUAAUUUUGAUAAGUGUAUGCGGUUUCUUUGCAUCAGAGCCAGACACAUCACUUUUUUUCUCUGAGGACUGUACUGCUCGGUUGGUAGAAUGUUCUGGUCUGUAUUUAAUCUAGCAGUCAUCCUGCAUAAGUAAUAAUAUGGGAUGGAAGGAAUAAAGAAAAAUUGCUCUGAAAUGUACAAAUGUAGUUGAAAUGUACUGUAGGUAAUGCACAACUUACUCUAAUAGGUUCAUGUAGGUUGAUAUUUCUAGGCAAGUAUUCAUUACAAGUUAAGGCUAUUUUUCCUGCAUUUAGGAACGGCAGCUUGUGGCUUGGGUGGAACUUGCACUGUACUUUUCUAGUUAGAUAUAGGGCUUUUAAGCAUUGUUCAAUUUUGAUGUCACAGACCUUGUACUUGUAUAAGGCUGCAUGGUCACGUAUCAGUCACUGCUUCAGGAAACUUACUGCUUGAGUAUUUGUAAAAUGUGACCUGUGUAUGACGAGGAAAUGACUUGACAUGUUUUUCCUCAUACAGUACAUACAAGACUUUGUCUGAGGGAAAUAAAUCCAAACGCAGGUUUUAAAUAAAAAUAAAGCAAGCUCCUCUGCAAUGAA